AUGGGGGAGCUUUUCCGGAGCGAGGAGAUGACGCUGGCUCAGCUUUUCCUACAGUCAGAAGCUGCUUAUUGUUGUGUCAGCGAGUUAGGAGAACUCGGAAAGGUCCAGUUUCGUGAUUUAAAUCCAGAUGUGAAUGUUUUCCAGCGGAAAUUUGUCAAUGAAGUUAGAAGAUGUGAAGAAAUGGAUCGAAAGCUUCGAUUUGUUGAGAAAGAGAUAAGAAAAGCUAACAUCCCAAUUAUGGACACUGGUGAAAAUCCAGAGGUGCCCUUCCCCCGAGACAUGAUUGACUUAGAGGCUAACUUUGAGAAGAUUGAAAAUGAACUGAAGGAAAUCAACACCAACCAGGAAGCUCUGAAGAGAAACUUCCUGGAACUGACUGAAUUAAAAUUUAUACUUCGCAAAACUCAGCAGUUUUUCGAUGAGGCUGAAUUGCAUCAUCAGCAGAUGGCGGAUCCAGACCUGUUGGAAGAGUCCUCAUCCCUCUUGGAGCCAAAUGAGAUAGGAAGAGGCACACCUUUAAGACUUGGCUUCGUGGCUGGUGUGAUUAACCGGGAGCGCAUCCCUACUUUUGAGCGCAUGCUUUGGCGGGUGUGCCGGGGGAAUGUGUUCCUGCGACAGGCUGAAAUCGAGAACCCUCUGGAGGAUCCUGUGACUGGCGACUACGUGCACAAGUCUGUGUUCAUCAUUUUCUUCCAAGGGGAUCAGCUGAAAAACAGAGUCAAGAAAAUCUGCGAAGGGUUCCGGGCCUCACUCUAUCCCUGUCCUGAGACACCACAGGAGAGGAAGGAAAUGGCUUCUGGAGUUAAUACCAGGAUUGAGGAUCUCCAAAUGGUUUUGAAUCAAACGGAGGAUCACCGCCAGAGGGUUCUGCAGGCAGCUGCUAAGAAUAUCCGGGUCUGGUUCAUCAAAGUGCGGAAGAUGAAGGCCAUCUACCACACCCUGAACCUGUGCAACAUAGAUGUGACCCAGAAGUGUCUGAUUGCAGAGGUCUGGUGUCCUGUCACUGAACUGGAUUCCAUCCAGUUUGCACUCAGAAGGGGCACGGAGCACAGCGGGUCCACCGUGCCCUCCAUUUUGAACAGGAUGCAGACAAACCAGACUCCCCCAACCUAUAACAAAACGAACAAGUUCACGUAUGGCUUUCAGAACAUAGUAGAUGCUUAUGGAAUUGGAACUUACCGAGAGAUAAAUCCAGCUCCAUAUACCAUCAUCACUUUCCCUUUCCUGUUUGCUGUGAUGUUUGGAGACUUUGGCCACGGCAUUUUGAUGACCCUGUUUGCUGUGUGGAUGGUGUUAAGGGAGAGCCGGAUCCUCUCCCAAAAGAAUGAGAAUGAGAUGUUUAGCACUGUGUUCAGCGGACGGUACAUUAUUCUGUUGAUGGGUGUGUUCUCCAUCUACACUGGCCUCAUCUACAACGAUUGCUUUUCCAAGUCUCUCAAUAUCUUUGGAUCAUCCUGGAGCGUACGGCCAAUGUUCAUAUCUAAUUGGACGGAGGAGACGCUUCGGGGGAACCCUGUGCUCCAGCUGGACCCAGCUGUCCCUGGAGUUUUUGGUGGACCAUACCCUUUUGGCAUCGAUCCAAUUUGGAACAUCGCUACUAAUAAGCUGACCUUCCUCAAUUCCUUUAAGAUGAAGAUGUCCGUUAUCCUUGGUAUCAUCCACAUGAUGUUCGGAGUCGGUCUGAGCCUUUUCAACCAUAUCUAUUUCAAGAAGCCCCUGAAUAUCUACUUUGGGUUUAUUCCUGAAAUAAUCUUCAUGACCUCUUUGUUUGGCUACUUGGUUAUCCUUAUUUUUUACAAGUGGACGGCUUAUGACGCCUUUACAUCUGAGAGAGCACCAAGCCUUCUGAUCCAUUUCAUAAACAUGUUCGUCUUUAACUACGAGGACAUUCACAAUUCAAUGCUAUAUUCUGGACAGAAAGGAGUUCAGUGUUUCCUGGUUGUGGUCGCAUUGCUGUGUGUACCGUGGAUGCUACUGUUUAAACCACUGGUCCUUCGCCAUCAGUAUUUGAGGAGGAAGCAUAUGGGAACUGUCACCUUUGGUGGGAUCAGGGUGGGCAACGGACCGACAGAGGAGGAUGCUGAGAUUAUUCAGCAUGACCAGCUCUCCACCCAUUCAGAAGAUGCAGAAGAGUUUGACUUCGGAGACACGAUGGUGCACCAGGCCAUCCACACCAUCGAGUACUGCCUGGGCUGCAUCUCCAACACUGCCUCGUACCUGCGGCUCUGGGCCCUCAGCCUCGCCCACGCACAGCUGUCGGAGGUGCUUUGGACCAUGGUGAUCCACAUGGGCCUGAGGGUGAAGAGCUUGGCGGGAAGUCUGGCGCUGUUCUUCAUCUUCACCGCCUUCGCCACCAUGACCGUGGCCAUCCUCCUGAUCAUGGAGGGCCUCUCGGCCUUCCUCCACGCACUGCGGUUACACUGGGUCGAGUUCCAGAACAAAUUCUACAGCGGGACCGGUUUCAAGUUCCUACCCUUCUCCUUCGAGCACAUCCUGGAAGGGAAGUUAGACGAGUGA